GGCUCCUAGAGAAAAACGGCCACUUGUUUCUAAGCCGCCCUAAGGAAAGGUGCGUCGGACCCUCAGGGGCAGUGGUGGGCCCGCUCACCCUAAGAUCUCACCAUCGCCAUGAGCAAUAAAGAAUGUUUCAAGUGUGGACGCUCUGGCCACUGGGCCCGGGGAUGCCCUAGAGGAGGAGGAAGUCGAGGGCGCGGAGCUAGAGGCCGUGGCAGAGGUUCCCAGUGCAGUUCCACCAACCCGUCUGACAUCUGUUACCGCUGUGGCGAGUCUGGUCAUCAUGCUAAGAAUUGUGAUCUUCUCGAGGACAUCUGCUACAACUGUGGGAAAAGUGGCCACAUCGCCAAAGACUGUAAUGAGCCUAAGCGAGAGAGAGAGCAGUGUUGUUACACUUGUGGCAGACCAGGCCAUCUGGCUCGUGAUUGUGACCGUCAGGAAGAGCAGAAGUGCUACUCUUGCGGUGAAUAUGGCCACAUUCAGAAAGACUGCACCCAAGUCAAGUGCUACCGGUGCGGCGAGACAGGUCACAUGGCCAUCAACUGCAGCAAGACCAGUGAAGUGAACUGCUACCGCUGUGGCGAGUCUGGACAUCUGGCCAGAGAAUGCCCCAUUGAGGCUACCGCUUAAUUUUUUUUUCUUUGUCCCUCCCUCCUUUUGUUGAUAGUUAAUUGUAUUAUUUUCUCUGAAACCAUUUCACUGACCAAAAGUUGAUAGAGGCUACUCCCAGGCUAGGAGGGAAGGGCUGCAAAAAAAUCUCCAAAAAAGUUCACUUUUAGAUGUCUUCUACUGUAAAUGUGUUUCUGCACCACUGGUGAAUCUGAUCGACAGACAUUCUGGGUAUUAGGCAAUUUCUAGGUUCUUUGUGUUUCGCUUUAACAUUUAGUUAAGUGCUACUCUGUGUGCCAGCCCCUAUUGGAGGAAUUGGGUAUCUAUCAAUGAACAAAUGAGAUCAAGUUUGGGAACUUAGGCCUAGAAUCUGUUGAAAAAUAAUAUAAUGUGUCAGUGAAGAUAAAUUGCUGUAGAGGUAAAAGGAUGGAAUAUGGGUGGACAUGUGGUUCUGUCUUAGAUACACAAGGUACCCUGAGGAGACGACAUUUUCCUCAGAGAUUCAUUACAUAAAUAAAGCUGAUUCUAGAAAUGUGUA